AUGACAUCGGGUAGGAACCACUGGUCAGUCACGCUCUUGCCUGAAACAUUCUGCAUCGUGUCUGCGGUUUUAGGCGCUUACAUCACAGACAUUUCGCACUCUUAG